GAUAUGAACUUGCUCACAGUAAUAGGUUAGGGAAAACACUUACUUAAAUAUGAAUCUCACAUUAUUACAUGAUAUUAUUAAUUUAUAUAUUAUAAUAUGAGUAGACAACAUUAUGGUGGGUAAAUAAUGGAAGAAAAGUGAAAACAUAAGUCUUUGAAAUGUCUUCUCAACAAAAAAAAAAAAAAAAACUUUGAAAUGUAAUAAUUAAUGUAAGUUAAAGUUAGGAUCGCGUUCAAUGUAACAACAACAAAAAAAUUCCAUAGUAGAAAAGAUAAAAAAGGUGAAAAGUGUCAUUUGGCCAAUGGUUUUAACUUUUAACCUUCUCUUUCUGAAAAUUUGAGCCCAAAACCAAAACCAGAAAAACAAAAACAAAAAAACCGUUUCUGAAUUUCACAGCUCUCCUCACAACGUCGACGAGGGAACGAAAACAAAAAAACGCAGGAAAAUCAGAAACACAUACAGAAGCAGAGAGAAACGCAACAAUUUUCACAGCUGCAUCACAAUUCACAUGGCAUCACUAGCAACCCAUUUCUCAGCGUUCGUGUUGCUCUUUCCCGUAGGCCUACGUCGCCUACUCUGCUCCUCCUCUCUCUACCUCAAGAACCCAUCUCUCUACCGAUCCAAAAUCUGGUAUUUCUCAGAACCCAAAUGGAAAAACUUUGAUUUGUACACUCUCACCAUAGCCCUCCCCAUUGCUUCCUUCUCCGAAAUUUUUAUCUUUUUGGCCUUUUCGGGCCACCCCACGUAUCGUUUCGCGUUUUUCCAGCAAUCAGCAGCCAUUUUCUUGUUCUGGGCACUCGUCAUUUUGAUCAUCUGCCGUGAAAACAUUGACACUUUGCAUAUCGAUGAAGGGUUCGUCUUCGUUAUCGCAGCCAUUUCGUUCCUGGUCGAGUAUUCGGUGAUCGGCAAGGGAAUUUCGGGUCUUGGUGGAGCUAUGUAUGAUAUAUUAGGUACAUUGACCCUUGUUUGUGCUGUUUGUUCCUUGUAUUUAUCAAUUAGGCCCUGUUCGUUUUGCGCCGAGUUUUUCUUGUCCUCUGGAUUGGUCUUAAAGGGCACUUGGAUUUUGCAACUUGGAUUGUCCUUGUACACUGAUGCAUUUGGAUUAAAAGGGUGCAAGAAAAUGUCAGUUUGGCCAAACCAGGAGAAUGCUGAGUGGAAAUGUGAUCUUGAGGAGGAUGGUUUGAGGGGUGUUUCUUUGAUGACGCUGCUGUUCAUUGGGCAUGCAAUUGCAGUCUUGCUAUUGAGUUUGAUGUUGUUUGCUUUGGUGGCAAGUAACUGGAAUUUGAGGUGUGGUGAGGCCAGUGGCCCGUUGCUAGCGCAGCUUGAUUCGGGGCAUGUGUUGAUGCCUUCUAGCCUCGACCUCGAUAUGGAAUGAAAUGUAUGUUCUGUUUUUGUUUACUGUCAAUUUUGGUAGAAACUUUCAGAGAUAAUGGAGAUU